UAGUACAUGGAUGUCAAAUCCCGUAACUCAUGGGAUUAUUCAAAGAUUACAGAUAGCAUUACUUAGAGUAGAUAAGAUUAAGGAAUGAAAUCAUGGGCCGGACACAAGGCAGGGUAUAUAAUUGCUGUUAAUAUCUUCAGGCUGAUGGUGUGCUUUCCUAUUAGUAACUAAUCCAUUAACAAUUGUGGAAUGGUCCGUUGUAGAUUGCCGCCGCUUUAGACUAAAAAAUGUUGAGCCGGCCUUCUCUGUUUCCAUAUCUGUCUAUCUGUACUGUCCACUCGACAUUACAUCUUGUGGGGGAGGUCAAUGGACGCGACGAUUUGACCAGUUUAUUUGUUGACUGACUAACUAGAGGGGAACAAGACAAGUCACCCUCGCGGGGUUGGCACUUUGGCUGACCAACCCUAGAUUGCCGCUUUAGACUACAAAAGAUGUUGAGCCGGCCUUCUCUGUUUCCAUAUCUGUCUAUCCGUACUGUCCACUUGACAUUACCUCUUGUAGGGGAGGUUAAUGGACGCGACGAUUUGACCAGUUUACUUGUUGACUGACCAACUAGCGGGUGACACGUGUUGUCACCCUCGCGGGGUUGACUCUUUGACUGACCAACCCUAGCUCGGAAAUGCUGCACAGAGGUAGCCCUACACUACCCCCGCGACAUCUGGUUUUAAAAAAAAAAAGGGUGACUCAUCUACUAUCCACCAGUCCUGUGAUUUGUUUAGGUGUGGUUUAAGAAUUCUAUAUUGAAAAGUGUUGACAUAGUAAAACGGAACAUGAUUUAUUCCGUAUUCCCAUACAUCGUACAGUACUGUGCUUCUCUGUAUAUACAUGUGCCGUGUGUGAUUGUCAGUGAGAGAGAGAGAGAGAGAUAGAGCUUGGAGGAAGCUGGUAUGGCAGUGGGAAUAGCAAAAGGGAGUGAAGUUGCAGCAGGGGAAUACAAUGGGAGGGUGACUUCAUUUGUAGUGUUAUCUUGCAUGAUGGCUGCCAUGGGAGGAGCCAUCUUCGGCUACGACAUCGGUAUUUCAGGUGGAGUGACUUCCAUGGAGCCAUUUCUAAAGAAAUUCUUUCCGGACGUGUACGUUAGGAUGGAAGAAGACACCAAGAUUAGUAACUACUGCAAAUUUAACAGCGAAUUGUUGACCUCAUUUACAUCCUCACUCUAUGUGGCUGGCCUUAUUGCUUCCUUCUUUGCCUCAUCUGUCACCAAAGCCUUUGGGCGCAAACCCUCGAUCCUCAUCGGAGGAGCUGCAUUUCUCUCAGGGGCAGCUCUCAAUGGUGCAGCUUCUAAUGUCUACAUGCUAAUCUUUGGCCGUGUCCUGCUCGGUGUUGGUGUUGGCUUUGCGAAUCAGUCAGUCCCACUCUAUCUCUCAGAGAUGGCUCCACCAAGAUACAGAGGCGCAAUCAACACUGGCUUCCAACUCAGCGUCGGUAUCGGCAUUCUCUCAGCAAACCUCAUCAACUACGGCACACAAAAGAUCAAAGGCGGAUGGGGUUGGAGAAUCUCCUUGGCCAUGGCAGCAGUCCCCGCUUCGGUCCUAACUGUCGGCGCCCUCUUCCUCCCCGAAACACCCAACAGCCUAAUCCAACAAAACAACAAUCACCUAAAAGCCAAAUCAAUGUUGCAACGAAUCAGAGGCACCCAAGACGUCCAAUCGGAAUUAGACGACCUAAUCAGAGCAAACGAAAUCUCAAGAAGCGUCAAACACCCAUUCAGGAAAAUCAUUCAGAAGAAGUACAGGCCUCAGUUGGUUAUGGCAAUAGCAAUACCCUUUUUCCAACAAGUCACCGGAAUCAACGUGAUCGCAUUUUACGCUCCCGUUGUUUUCCGGACUAUGGGUAUAGGCGAAAGUGCAUCGCUCAUGUCUGCAGUUGUGACCGGAGUGGUGGGUAUCGCAGCAACGAUCCUAUCCAUGUCGAUAGGCUCGGGAGGAGAGUUCUGCUCAUGGUUGGGGGGAUUCAAAUGUUGGUGUCACAGGUGAUGGUCGGAUGGAUACUAUCAGCUCAGCUAGGGGACCAAGGUGGGGUGAGUAAAGGCUGCGCUGUUUCGGUCCUGAUUUUGAUCUGCGUUUAUGUCGCGAGUUUCGCAUGGUCGUGGGGUCCGUUGGGGUGGCUGAUUCCCAGCGAGAUAUUCCCGCUGGAGAUACGGUCGGCGGGGCAGAGCAUCAAUGUGGCUGUGAAUUUUUUCUUCACUUUUGUUGUUGCUCAGACUUUCUUGGCUAUGCUCUGUCAUCUCAAGUCGGGUAUUUACUUCUUUUUCGGAGGGUGGGUGGCGGUGAUGACCGUGUUUGUCUACUUGUUCUUGCCGGAGACGAAGAAUGUGCCGAUGGAGAAGAUGGAUGGAGUGUGGAGGGAGCACUGGUUCUGGAAAAGAAUUGUGGGGGAGGAGCAUGGAGUGAACAAGAUGGAGGGAGAAAAGACUGAUGGGGACAGUGGAUAAAACCAUCAGUCUUGUGUUUUUUAGUUGAUCGAUUAAGUAUUGUGGACACAAGAAUGGACUAAACAAUCAGAACUAUGUAACCCCAAUCAAUUAAAGUUCUCCUAA